CAAAUAUGGCGGAUGUACAAAGUUGCCAUUUUUCUCUUUUGCUUCGUUAUAGUUUUGAUGCGAUAUUUCAACGAAUGUAUCUCAUUCUUUAACGGAAAAAGGGUGUGUUUUCUUGUAUUGGCGUUGUGACAAGCACCUACAGAGUAUUUUAAAAAAGAAUCUCCGUAAUUUGUUCUUUCUUUCAUUAGUAUGCGGCUUUGUUAUAGAUCAUUAAUCGUCUGCAGUUGCAAUAACGAAUAUUGAAUAAUGACUUCUGAUGACUUUGCUAGCAAUGACCGACACCGAUUAUUAAGUCAAGACAGCAUCAAAGAUUAUAACAGGGAAGUUGAAAAUGUUAAAACCUUUGCUAAACGUUGGUACAUAUUGGCACUUUUUGCUCUGCUCUGCGCAUGUCAAGGACUCAUGUACAACACCUGGGCGCCCAUUCAAACGACUGCUCGAGCAGUGUAUAAAUGGGAUAGUUUUAUGAUCGAUUUAAUGCCUGCACUUGGGUGUAUAGCACCCUGCCUGACUAUUUUACCAUUGGGAUGGUUAAUGGAUGUAAAAGGUUUGCGGCUUUCUGUGUUGUUGGCAGCAGCAGGGCAGUUUAUUGGUGCUGUUAUUCGAUGUUAUCCACCCUUCUACAAUUGGUGGAUUUCAACCCUCCUCGUUUGCUGUGGUCAAGCAUUAAGUGGACUUGUGGCCCCUAUACCACUCUCUGGAGGCGUUCUUCUGUCUGCAACAUGGUUUCCAAGCAACCAAAGAACAAUAUCAACUGCAAUUAUAAUGGGAAGUGCAUCAAUCGGAGGUGCUCUCUCUUUUAUAAUUGGUCCACUGCUGAUAGAAGAUGUAGCGCAGUCAAUAACAAAAUAUCAUUAUGGGAGAUAUAUUUUGACUCCACAGGAAGAAGCCAUGUAUUUUAAUCAAAUUAAUGGGUUAUUUAUCUUGGAAGCUGGACUCAUGGGUAUUUUAUUUCUUGGAAUUUACUUUCAUUUUCCUGAUAAACCACCCAAGCCACCUAGUAGGUCGUCAAUUACUGAAAGAGCAAAUUUCAAAGAUGGUUUAUCAAAACUUUUGAGGAACAGGAAUUUCUUGCUUCUGGCAACAUUGUAUGGCGUCAGCUGUGGUGUUUACAGUGGCUGGUGUUCAGUGUUAGAUCAAAAUCUGGAAGAGUUCGGUGUUGGUCAAAAAGUAGCUGGAUGGUUGGGCUUUACCGCUGUCAUAUGUGGUGCUUUGUCGGGAAUUUUCUUUUCUCUAUUCGCUGGCCAUUUUUCAAGCUAUCUAAAAGAAUUUCUGAUCGUCUUUAUGGCUCUUGCUUCACUUUCAAUUCUUGUCGUGUGCCUAAUUUUCUCUAAAGUUGUUCUUUUCAACACAACAUUACUGUUUGUAGUUUUUGCUUUCACUGGUUUUUUUAUAAACGGUGCCUUGCCCUUCUUCUUCGAACUUGGUGCAGAAAUUGCUUUUCCCGUCGCAGAAGGCAUAACCUCAUCAAUAACGAAAUUUGCGGACUAUAUCUUACAGGCCUUGUUCCUUAUUGUCUCCAUGGGGAAUUUUGGCGCGAAAUGGAUGACGUGGGUCACUAUGGUAACAUGUAGCUUUACAACGUUGUUUUUGUUUCUCGUCAAGGCGAAGUAUAACCGAUUAACGCUUGAUGAACAAAGUACAGUGUUACUUCAGAGAUGAUAAUAAAAACAUUUUUUAGCAAAAAAACGCAGCUAUUGUCUUACAAAGUACAUUUGGAUUAUCAACAGUAUUUAUUUUUUUACCAAUCUUUCGUUUUUACGGUGAGUGAGCGCACCGAAAUAUUUCCGUACAAGAGUGAAUAAGCAUGCUGAUUACCCCACUAUUAUGAAAAACGAUAAUCAUUUUAAAGUGAAAGGUUUGAACCCGGGAAUAUUGUUAGAUGUUUGUAGAUGUAGAUCCUCCAGUCCGUACGCACAGUACGAUGAAGUAUGAACCAGACCACAAUAAAGGCGAACCUGACUUUUACUCCUUAAUUGGCUAUGAAGGUGACUACCGAAUGUUUACUGUAUUUGUACAGUCUUCUAUGCUAUCCGAGGAAAAUUCUGGGAAAACUCGAAAGCCAGUCAAUUCAAGCCGAUACAUCUUUCGCCGCCCUUGAUUGAUAAUACAUCGGCAAAAAACCUGCAAAAAUGACAAUGGUGUUGGUGAUUGAGUCAGAAAUCACCGCAUGUAUAUCGCCCCAAUUUUUUGUCACUGCAGCAUCGCAUUGCAGAACCUCGCCAUACCAUCGCAGUCCAGUAUAAAGUAGUCCAGAACACAGGAAACAAUAAAAAAGGCAGGUGAUUGAGAGAAGUGCCCAACUCAAUGAGCGAUGAGUCAUGAACUUAAGUCAAGUGGUACUUGAAUUGUUUAAAAAAAUAAUCGUUCAGGGUUAAUCUUAAACAAUUUCUUUCGGUGAGAUCGAAUUAGACCACAUGGUGCACGAAGAACGAAUAGCGCCAUUCACUGGAUAGCAAUUUUUUUGAACGUGUAAAAGACCUUUUAAAAGAGAAAAAUGGAAGACUUGAAAUGAGGGUUUACUGAAAGAAAAUAGUGCUUCCAAGAUUAAAUAAAUGCUAUGUUGUGAGGAAAUUAUAAACGAUUUUUUAUACGAAGUGUAAAAAUUUCGCCAUCCAAUGGAUAACGCUAUCCAGGCUUUGUACAACCGACCCCUGGUUUUGGCAUGUGCUAAAGCCUGGACUGGACUUUGGACUGUUGACUAUGGACUGUAGAGUAGUUAUAUUAUAAACAGGGGGGGGGAAGUUCUUUUCUAUUACAAGUGAAACAGGGGAGUAAAAGUUAACAAUUUCGAUCGCAAAGCACUUGCCUUUAGAACGAAUCUACGUUGUAUUUGUUUCUUUAACAAAUAUUGUUAGUUUACUAUAACUUUUAGGAAAUAUAUAAAAAAUAUGUCUAUAUAUGAUUAAACAUAAGUAUCUCUUGA